GGACCCGGCAGGGGCGGGGGGACCGGCGGCCACCGCGGGCGAGGCGGAGCCCCGCGACGGCAGUGGCGGUGGGGCAGGGUCCCUCAUGGCUAAGCCAGAGCCGGAGCCGGUGCUGGAGCAGGCGGAGAAGAUGGAGGUGCCGGCUUGUGCCGGUUCAGUGCAGCUGGUGGUCCCCAAGGCCGAGGAGAUGGCUGGGGGUGACAGCGCAGAGCUGGGGGCUGCCGGGGAGCUGGGGGGCCUGGAGCUCAGCUGCUCAGAGGACUGGCUGGUGAGGAAGGUGAAGGUGGAGGAGGAGGAUGAAGAGUGGUCAGCUGGCCCCGGCACUGAGGCCCUGCUGGCGGGGCAGGCUCCGGAUGGUGCCUUCCCCCACACAGCAGGCACACCGGACUGCACCGGUGCCUGUGCCUGCAAACCAGAGCCGCUGCUCCCGGAGGAGCUGGGCUACGGCACACUGCCCACCUUCACCCUGCCACCAUGGCCGCUGCUGAGCCAGAGCCUGGCUGGUGCUGGCAGCUGUGAGCGCUGCUGCCAGGCACGGCUCAGCCCAGGGAUGCCGGUGGGCGACGGUGACGGCAACGACGGUGAGCCCCAGCCCCACGGGUGCUGCAGGACGCCGGCCCCAGAGCGGCCCUUUGCCUGUGCGCAGUGCGGGAAGGGCUUUGGGAAGAAGGCUCACCUGACACGGCACCUGCGGGUGCACACGGGCGAGCGGCCCUACCCCUGCGGGCAGUGCGGGCGCCGGUUCCGGCAGAAGAUCCACCUGCGCUCACACCAGAAGACACACACAGGUGAGCGGCCCUUCCCCUGCCCUGAAUGCGGCCGCCGCUUCCGCAAGAAGACACACCUGGUGCGGCACCACCGCACGCACACGGGCGAGCGGCCCUUCCCCUGCGCCCGCUGCGGCCGCUGCUUUGCACACAAGCAGCACCUCCUGCGGCACCAGCGCCUGCACGACGAGCCAGCGGAGACAGCAGACGGUGAGGGGGUCGCAGCCGAGCAGAAGCCUUUCCCCUGCCCCGAGUGUGGGAAGAGCUUCAGCUGGAAGAAGAACCUGGCAUCACACCGCCGGCUGCACCGCGAGGGCCGGCCCUUCACUUGCGCCGAGUGCGGCCGCGGCUUUGGCGACAAGCGGCACCUGACGGCGCACCUGCGGGGCCACAUGGGGCUGAAGCCGUUUGCCUGCCCACACUGCGAGAAGACCUUCAGCCACAAGCCCAACCUGGCCACGCACCAGCUGGCGCAUGCCGGCGAGCGGCCCUUCACCUGCCCGCAGUGCGCCCGUGCCUUCACCCUGCGCCAGCACCUCCUGCGGCACCUGCGGGUGCACACGGGUGAGCGGCCCUUCGCCUGCCCACAGUGCGGCCGGCGCUUUGGCUCCCGGACCAACCUCGUGGCACACGCCAAGGUGCACGCCGGCACCCGGCCCUUCGCCUGCGAGCUGUGUGGUCGCGGCUUCGGGCGCAAGUCGCACUUGGCACGGCACCAGGCGGUGCACACCGGCACCCGGCCCCACGCCUGUGCACAGUGUGGCAAGCGCUUCAGCUCCAAGACCAACCUAGUGCGGCACCAGGCGGUGCACACUGGGCACCGGCCCUACAUCUGUACCCACUGCGGCAAGAGCUUCAGCCGCAAGACGCACCUCCUGCGCCACGAGCGCACGCACGCUGCUGCCAGCACCACCGCUGCAGACAGUGUGCCACAGCAGAGCUGGACAGCACCCGCCGCGCCGGCAGCCACCGCGAUCUUCCCGUCCCUCUGCGCGGGGCCCCUGUUCGAGGCUGGUGGGGGGGGGACGGACGCGGUCACUGCGGGGGGGGCGGUGCGGCCGCUCGUCUCCAUGGCAACGGGGGGCGGGGCCGCGGGGGCUGCCGGGAGCCGCCGUGCGCUGACAGAUCCAGGGUCCCCGGCUGGGAUGGAGGGUCACAGCGAGGCAGCUGCCAAGGAGGAGGAGGAGGAAGAGGAGGAGGAGGAAGGGGUGCGGAUCACCCCGCAGCUGCUGAAGGCCGCCACUGGCGAGUUUGCUCUGGAGUCCAUCCUGCUGCUGCGCCUGCGGGGCCGCGGCAUCGCGCACUUGGGCUGCCUGGGCGACUGCACCAACCUGGAGUGGCUGGACCUGUCUGGCAACGCCAUCGCCCAGCUGGGGCCGCUGGCUGCCCUCCGCUCCCUUGCUGUCCUCAACCUGUCCCGCAACCGCGUGUCCAGCCUGGAGCCGCUUGCCUCCUGCCGCAGCCUGCAGAGCCUCAACCUGGCCGGCAACCUGGUGAGCAGCCUGCGGGCACUGCGGUGCCUGGCAGGGCUGCGGCACCUCGAGAGCCUGCGACUGCGUGACCCCCUUGCCCGCCUCGACAACCCGCUCUGCGCCGGGGCUGCCUACCGCGAUGCGCUGGCCGACAUGCUGCCCGGCCUCAAGGCCAUUGACGGCGAGCGGGUGGCUGGCUGCGGCAGUGAGCUCUACCAGCUCUGCCGGGAUCUCGACAGCUCGCUGGGACACAGUGCCGGUGGUGGUGCCGGCGGCGGUGCCGGUGCUGACCCACCCCGUGCAGCUCAGCCCUGGGUAGAGGCUGGUUUCUGGGAGCCGCGGCCGCCGCGGCGCAGCUCCAUCAUGGAAGAGGCGUACAGGCAGUUCAGGGAGGUGCUGCAGGAGUGCCGGGAGCUGGGCCGCCGCGCCGACGACACCAUUGCCCAGGCAGAGCGGGCGCUCAGCACCCGCCAUGACCCCAGCUCCUUUAAUAACUCGGGGGAGGAGGAGAAGGAGGAGAAGGAGGAGGAGGAGGAGGAGGAGGGGGGAUACAGACACAGCGGGGCCUCUCCCUGUGCGGCCGAGCUUCGCCUCUCGGCGCUUCCCUGCUCACCGGCUCUUCUCUCUUGCUCUGCCAGGGCCCAGGAGCAGCCAUUUGGAGGAAGUCGGGGACGAGCGGAGCCCGCGACCGUGGCGGAAGGCGGAGGGGAAGCACGGCCGCCGCCCGGCGCCCUCCCCGGCGCUCAUGUCCUCUCCCCUCGCCGGGCGGCCCCGAGGGGAGCCAUGUCUGCAGGGGGAGCGCCCCAGCCUUCCCACGCCCUGAACCUGCUGCCAUACCCCCGGCUGAGCGAGGUGCCAAGAGCCGGGCACGAGCUGGAUGCUGUCGGCACUGAGAUCCCGUCCGACCCCUGCACAGGCUACAGGUUCUUCAAGCCUGGCGGGUUGUUUGGCAUCAAGCAGUCGGAGGAGCCGUACCCCGAAGGGCAGCAGAUGCAGGAGGACAGCAAGAUCCUCGUGAGCCCCUGUGCGGUUGAGCCUGGCCGAGUGAACAAAGUCGAGCAGCCCGAGGAGAAGCCUGGGGUAGCUGCUGGGGCCCUGGAGCUGUACCCAGCCACCACCAGCAGCUCCAGCCGCUGGUUCCACGCUGGGCAGCGCGCACCAGAGCGCGCCGGCACGGAGCGAGACAGCGCCACCAGCCUCAGCCCGCUGUCCACCCGGGUGGCCUGCUGGGUACCGCAGCUCGGCGCUGGCCCCUUCCGCUGCGCCCAGUGCGGGAAAGGGUUCCGCCAGAAGCAAAGCCUCAUCACACACGAGAGGAUACACACCGGGGAGAAGCCUUACCGGUGCGGGGACUGCGGAAAGAGCUUCAGCCAGCGCCCCAACCUCCUGACCCACCGCCGUGUGCACACCGGGGAGCGCCCAUUCCCCUGCACGCAGUGUGGCAAGAGCUUCAGCCAGAAGGCCAACCUCCUAGCACACCAGCGCAUCCAUGCCGCUGGGGACAAGGCACUAGCGGGCGGCGAGCAGGAGGAUGGUGGUUCCGGCAAGCCGAAGCUGCGAUCCCAAGGGAGGAGUUACCAGGAGGACACCCCCUUCGUCUGCCCUGAGUGUGGGAAGAGCUUUCGGCAGAAGCCCAACCUCAUCACCCACCGACGCAUCCACACUGGCGAGAGGCCCUUCACCUGCUUCCUCUGCGGCAGGAGCUUCAACCAGAAGACCAACCUGGUGACCCACUACCGUGUCCACACUGGAGAGCGCCCCUUCGCCUGCACCCAGUGCGGCAAGCGCUUCACCCAGAAAACCAACCUGGUGACGCACCAGAGCACCCACACGGACCUCCGCCCCUUCCCCUGCGGGCAGUGCCAGAAGUGCUUCAAGGACAAGGUCUCCCUCAAAGCCCACCAGAAGACACACGCCCCACGCCAGCGGCGCUGCCCAGGCCGCAGUCCUGCUGCUGGGCUGCCCUAUGGGGCUGCACCCACCCUGCUGCAGCCUGGGGGGCCUGAGCAAGAGCCCCCCUUCAGUUCUGUGCCGCCACUGCCCAUUCAGAAGAUCCCUGAGGGCCAGGAGCUGUACUCCUGCACAGAGAAGAGCUUUCCCCCAAAGGAGCCACUCCUGCCACCCCAGCACGCUGCCCUGGGUGAGCAGACCUUCCCCUGUGUCCAGUGUGGGGAGGGUUUCUGCCAGAAGGUGGCUCUUCUCAGGCCACAACACUGUCCCACCACUGAGGCUCCUGGUGCUGGCACAGCAGCCUUCACCCAUGGCCCGCACCUCCUGGGGCCGCUGGGCGUGCAGCCGGUCCUUGGGGAGGCAACCGCCGCGGCCCCCACAGCCCCUGGGGCAGAGAAGCCCUUCAUUUGUAACCAGUGCGGCAACAGCUUCGGUCUCUGGCUGUCCCUCGUGGCCCACCAGAAGAGCCACACCGGGCAGAAGUGCUACCCGUGCCCUGAGCACGAGAAGAGCUCUGGCGAUGAGCUCUCCCCCAAAGCUCUCCAGGACAAGCAGGUGGAGGGGAGGGCCUGGUUGUGCCCUGAAUGCGGCAGAAGCUUCCCCCAGUACGAGCGGUUGGUGAAGCACCGGCAGAACCACCGUGGCAGAGGGCCCUACCGCUGCGAUGUCUGCGGCAAGAGGUUCAGCCUCAAGACCAACCUGGUGACUCACCAGCGCAUCCACACUGGUGAGCGCCCCUUCACUUGUGGCGUCUGCGGACGCCGCUUCAACCAGAAAGGUAACCUGGUGACCCACUACCGCACCCACACCGGGGAGCGCCCCUUCGCCUGCACCCAGUGUGGCAAGCGCUUUGCCCAGAAGCCUAACCUCAUUGCCCACCAGAAGACCCACACGGGCCGGCAGCCUUUCACCUGCCUCGAGUGUCCCAAGCGCUUCAAGAGCAAGCUGUCCCUGCGGGUACACCAGCGGGUGCACGUGGCUGAGCGGCCCCAGGGCGAACCAGGCCAGCCCCCCGCACCGCAGAGCCAUGCCAGCAGCCCCUACCCCUGCUCACUGUGUGGGGAGAGCUUUGAGGAGCACGGGGAGCUGCAGCUGCACCGGCAGGGCCACGCUGGGGAGCGGCCCCACGCCUGCGCUGAGUGCGGGAAGCGCUUCCGCCAGAAGGUGAACUUGGCUGUUCACCAGAGGACCCACACCGGGGAGAGACCAUUCCGCUGUGCCGAGUGCGGCAAGGGCUUCAGCCAGAAGGCUCACCUGCUCCGGCACCGCAGGACGCAUGCCGGUGCCAUCCCACCUUCCUGCUGCGAGGGCACCUGCCCGGCACACCAGGACGAGCCAGACGGCAGCGGCGCUCCCCUGGGAAAAGGCUCGGAGCCCCCCGGCCUGCUGCUGCCCCCCUGCUCCCGUGGAGCCGCUCAUGGAUCGCUGCCUCGGGAUGAGCUCCGGCCGGGAGCGCAGCCCCCCAACAGACCGGAGAGCCCCUCGGGCGCAGCCGACAUCCUCCUGCAGCUGAUGCAGGAAGAGCAGCAGCACCUCGUGCCUGGCUCCCACCCCCCGCAGGAGGGACCUCCGGGGUCCUGUAAGUGCACCGAGAGCGGGGAGGGCUUGAGCCCAAAGCCGCCAAGCCUGCUGCCGCAGUGCUGCUGCGCUGACUGCCUCAGCCAGCGGCAGCUGCUCCUCAAGCCGCAGCCCGAGUGCCGAGCUGAGCUCUGGUGCAAGUACGGCGGCUGUGCCAGGAGCUUUGAGGAGAAACGAGUCCUGAGAGUGCCUGAGAGAGCGCACGGCGAAGAGAAGCCCUCGCCGUGCCCCAGCUGCUUGUAACGCCGGUGCGGGCUGCCCAGACCCGCCUCUGGCGAGAGCCUGCAUCACCUUGCUCCUGCACUAAAAGACACCGAAGCUGAAGAGGCGGCAGCUCGUGCUCGCCAAAUGAGGACAGUGCCGAGGGAGAGCCGCUGGCCGGGACUCAUGGUGCCUGCCAGGACGCAGAGGUGAUGGCGGCUCAGGAGGCUCCACGGCCCCUGUGCAGGACUUGGGAAGCAGGACUUGGAUGUGCCACAGGAGCUUCUGUCUUUUGAACGUACCAAAUCUGUAGAGGGGACAGAGCUGAGGAGCAGAGACAGACCUUGGGUCUGCGACACCGGCUCCUGCUGUGGCUGCGCAGACCGUUGUGAAUGGGAAGAGCUCGGGAUCUGGGAUCCGUCGGCUUAAAAAUCCGCUUCUGCCAGGCAGUGGCACAUCUGCCUGCUCCUGCCUCCAUCUCCAUCAUGCUGGGUGAUGCAUGGACCCAGAGACGCUGUAGGGCAGGUAGGGGCCUCCAUGGGUCAAGAGCUUUACCCAGAACCCCCUGUCCUUCUCUUCCAGAGUGGAUGUCACUCCACAAGGAUGCAUUUGGGAUGGAGAGCUGUGACCCACUGGCCUAGCCAGAGUGGGACUGGGACUCAACCGGGACUUCCUGUUGAUAGGCAGCACAGUCAAGCCUGGGGCUACCCCAGGGGUGGCAGGAGGAGCCAAGAAAAUGGGAAAAGCUGGGAAAAUGGCCUUGAAGCAUCUCAGCUCACCUCUGUUUCUGAAAGGGACCUGGAGAAGCUUCUCCUCUGAGGUCGGAGGGGCAUGGGGGAAGAUGGGGGGUGGGAAAGGGGGGGUGGUGGGUGCUUAUGCUUCUCUGCUUGCUCUGUGGGUAAUCGUUCUGCCUUGCGCCUCUUUCUGGUACUCACUUCACUCCUGAACAGGUAACACGGACACACCAGGGGAGCUGCAGCGGCUGUGGUCUUGCUGGAGCUGUUGUAGCUGUUGGCACUGGUGGCGGUGUCUGCCCCUUUCCCUGCUAGCGGUUGGGGGGAUGCAGGAGUACAGGUUUCCUCACCGGGGCUCAUCAGGCAUCUCCGCUUCCCCCUCAGUGUGGCAGAGCCAUGGAGCUGCGUGGUCAGGGCAGAAACAGGAACCAAAUGCUCAAAAGAUGUCCUGAUCCAAAAGGGGAAAAAGGCUUUGCCUGCUGCCGGAGGGAGACCGGUGUCUCCCUGUGCACGGCUCCAGCCACUGGACAAAGACCUUCCUUGAAAACACAGGGUGGGGUGUCACCAGUGCCCAGCUCGGUGCAGCACCGUGCACGUCUUUGGGGUGCAUCCAAAGGGAUGCAGCGCGCAGCUUUGCCACCCACCAGGGCCAAGGGGACACCAGGACACAGGUCACGACUAGAGCCUCGCCCCCCCCCUUCCCUCUCGCUCUGCUCCAGCUGCGUUUCAGGUCCUUGCAAUUCUAUUUUUUGAGGUUAUUUAAAAUAAAAGCUUUCUCACAGCA